AUUCUCUCAGUGUGAAUGGUGAAGAAGCAAUAACUUCAUAGGUAUUUAGAGAGUGACAGUGGUAAACCCCACAAGUUAUAGGGAGUUUAGUUUUAUAGCUUCUUGUGCUAAACUUGGUUCAUCUGCUUCAAAGGACAAGACAAACUCAAGUGAAGAGGAGAACAAAGGGGCUUGUGAUACUUUAACCUCCAUGGAUGUCUCAAACAAAAAGGGUUCCCAGGAAGGAGAUGCGCCAAGAAAGUUGUUCAAACCUUCAAAUGAUCCCAAAGAGGAGGGUGGCCAAGAGAAUGAACAAAACCAUGAAACUGAGAUUCCUGACAAGACCCCACGUAUUGGAGAACUGUACAAGGAUCUCUCUAUCAAUGUUCUCCUAAAACUGUCAAGGUCUGAUUAUGGUUUAGUUGCUGCAUUGAACAGUAGUUUUCGAACUCUGAUUCGGAGUGGAGAACUGUAUCGGCUGAGGCGGGAAAUGGGUGUGGUAGAGCAUUGGAUUUACUUCUCUUGCAAUCUCCACCAAUGGGAGGCAUAUGAUCCAAACCGUGAGCGGUGGAUGAAGUUGCCAAAAAUGCCUCGUAACGAUUGCUUUAUGUGUUCGGACAAGGAGUCUUUGGGUGUUGGUACUGAUCUUCUUGUUUUCGGAAGGGAUGUAUCGGCUCCAGUGGUUUAUGGAUAUAGCCUUUUGACCAACACCUGGUCAAUUGCUGUAGAAAUGAACAUUCCCAGAUGCUUGUUUGCAUCUGCAAGCAUUGGAGGAAUAGCCAUAGUGGCUGGUGGUGUUGACCCAGUGGGUAAUGUGUUGAACGUAGCUGAGCUUUAUAACUCAGACACCAGAAAGUGGGAGACUCUCCCAAACAUGCAUAGAAAAAGGAGGAUGACUUCUGGUGUAUUCAUGGAUGGGAAAUUUUAUGUGAUUGGUGGGAUUGCAGAAGACAACAAAACUGAGUUAACCAGCGGUGAGGAGUAUGAUCUGGAGAGGAAAACAUGGCGUGAAAUACCGGACAUGUUUCCUCCGCGAGGUGGAGAAGUCAAUAUAGGAGCUCCUCCUUUGGUUGCAGUUGUAAACAAUGUGUUGUUUUCUGCAGAUUGUAACCAGCAUAUAGUAAGGAGAUAUGAGAAAGGGAGUAACAAAUGGGUAACCAUUGGAGAUCUUCCUGAGAGAACAUCCUCUGUGCAUGGAUGGGGAAUAGGAUUUCGGGCAUGUGGGAAUCGACUAAUGGUUAUUGGUGGACUUACGGCUGAGAGUGCAGGUGUGACUGAAAUCAAUUCUUGGAUCCCAGGUGAAUAUCCACUGCAGUGGAACAUCCUUGGCAGAAGACACAUAGGGAGUUUUGUCAGCAACUGCGCAGUCAUGGGAUGCUGAGGGUCUUUUCUUUUCAUGUUCUUGCUUAUUUAAAAUCAUAGACUUUUUAGUAGAUGUUUAUUUAUGUUCUUCUAAAGUUGGUAUUUUAUAGUUGGUGUCAGUCUUUUCCUUUUAAAUGACCAUUACAGCACUUUGAAAUGUUAUAUCAUGCAGCUCAGAUGCUGAUCCUGGUAAAUGUAAUUGUAAUUGGUC